CUUCAACAAAACCCCAAACACCAAACAAAAAAGCCUAAAUAAUAAUAUGAGCCAAGCCUUGAAAAGCGACUUCCAAAUCUGCGAAGAAAUCGGGCGUGGUAGAUUCGGUACCGUCUACCGCUGCUUCUCACCGGUCACCGGUCAUUCCUUCGCCUGUAAAUCCAUCGAAAAAUCCCUCCUCCUCGAUUCCACCGACCGUGAGUGCCUCGACAAGGAACCCAAGAUUCUCCAGCUCCUUUCUGGUAGUCCAAACAUUCUUCACCUCUACAAAAUCUACGAAGAUGAAAACUUCCUUCACAUGGUAACCGACCUCUGCCCUAACAACGAUCUUUACGAGCGGGUUUCCACUGGGCCGUUAUCCGAACGCGCCGCCGCUAACAUUCUGGUCCAAUUAAUUUCCGCGAUUAAUCACUGUCACAAAAUGGGGGUGGCCCACCGCGAUAUUAAGCCGGAUAAUGUUCUUUUUGAUUCGCAGGACAGGUUGAAGUUGGCUGAUUUUGGAUCUGCGGAGUGGUUUGUUGGGUGUGAGGGGGGGUUGAUGAGUGGGGUGGUGGGUACGCCGUAUUACGUGGCACCGGAGGUUUUAAUGGGGAAAGAAUACAAUGAGAAAGUCGAUGUGUGGAGCGCCGGUGUUAUUUUAUAUAUUAUGCUUUCUGGGGUUCCUCCUUUUUACGGUGAAACUACAACUGAGACAUUUCAGGCUGUUUUAAGGGCAAAUUUGAGAUUUCCCACUAGGAAUUUUAGGUCGGUUUCGCCUGAAGCUAAGGAUUUGCUGAGGAAGAUGAUCUGUAAGGAUGUUUCUAGAAGGUUUUCAGCUGAACAAGUCCUGAGACACCCGUGGGUAAUUAAUGGAGGAGAGACUAGAUCAAUGGCUGAUUUAACCUGAAGAUGAUUAGUGGUGUUUUAUGAACUAAUCCUAUCUUAUAAAUACUAGCAGUAAAAAAUUUAUAAGCUUCUGCUGUAUAUACACCAGCCCCAAUGUUUGAAGAUUGGAAUGGCCUAUGUGAAAAAGAAGAGUAUGAGAAAGGAAAAACACCAUAGCAGGGGCUACUCAAGGUUGUGUAUAGCAGGGGUUCCUCUUUUUUUAAACCUUUUUUUCUCUAUGCUGUUGUGCUGUGGAGAAGAAUCUUUUGAGGAUAAUGAAUCUCCUAUAUAGUAUAUGAUACUAAAAAGAAAAAGAAAAAAAAAAGAAAAAUAUUCGGCUAUGUAAAAAUCUAUGCUUUUUUCCCACCUUUAUGUGUUUUUGGAAUAUGAAAGGUUGAGGAAGUGAGGGAAGGAUAAGUGCUUAUCCUUCAGUUUUGUAAUAAAGUUUACUGCUUUUAUAAUAAUAUGGUCUUUAUGAUAUUAUAGUUUUGCAA